UAAACAUUGAAAUGGAGGUUUGGUUACCUAUAUUAGGCUCAGAUUAUUAUACGUCUAAUCUCGGACGUAUUAAAAAUAAAAAAGGUAUAAUUUUAAAAGGUCAUAUUAAUAGAGGAGGUUAUAUACGAACAGAUUUUAAUAUCAAUAAAAAUCGUAAACAAUCUUAUCUUCACAGACUAGUUGCAGAAGCAUUUAUUCCUAAUCCAGAAAAUAAGCCUUUUAUUAACCAUAUUAAUGGCAUUAAAACUGACAAUCAAGUAACUUCUAAAGAAAAUGCUAAUCGUAAAGUAUUUUCUAAUCAUGGAUGUGGUAGGUCUCGAAAAGUUGUACAAAUUAAAUUAGAUGGAUGGUAUUGGAUGUAUUAUGAUGAUUAUAUAGAACCUAAUCCUAAUGAAGAAUGGAAAGAAAUAGAAUUCGAUUUAGAAAUUUUAAAGUAUCAUCCUUAG